UGAAGCGACUCAAAGUGACGGUGAUCUUGACAAGUGCUUCAAAAGAGAAUUCUUGUCUGCCCUUCAGCACUUAUCAUGAAUCGCAUCAUUACCUCAGGGCGCUUCAUGCGCAGAGCCAGGCCCACCUUGUCGCGAAACUUCUCGACCAGCAGGACCAUUCCUCUCAUCAUCAAUGGCAAAGAUAUCGUAACAGACAAGACCUUCCCAGCCAUUAGCCCGCUCAACAACGAGGUAGUCUGGAACUGUUCUGCCGUUUCGCAAAAUCACAUCGAUGAAGCCAUCUCUACUGCAAACGCGGCAUUUCCUGCCUGGUCCAAGACCAAACCCUCUCACCGACGCGAUAUUUUCCUAUCAGCUGCCAACAUCAUGGAGAAGCGAAGAGAGGAGCUCCUCCACUAUCUAUACCAGGAGAUGGGAGCAGGCGUUGAUUUCCAAAAUUUCAUUCUCGGCCUCGCCAUUGAGGGUUUAAAGGAUACUGCCGGUAGAAUUGCUGGUGCCGUCACCGGUAGUGUCCCAGAAUCCAUUCACGAAGGGAUGCGUGCCAUGAUCCUCAAGAGGCCAUAUGGCGUAAACCUGGGCAUUGCGCCAUGGAACGCACCCUUUCACCUCGGUUUACGCUCGAUUACGUUUCCUCUGGCGACUGGUAACACGGCCAUCCUCAAGGGAGCAGAACUGACUCCGGCCUGCUACUGGGCCAUCGCUGAUGUGUUGCGUGAGGCUGGUCUCCCAGAUGGCUGCCUCAACCUCGUCUUUCACCGGGCGCAGGAAGCUCCUGGCGUGAUUGAGAGCCUUGUUAGUCAUCCGGACAUGAAAAAGAUCAACUUUACUGGAAGUAGCGGUGUUGGUGCUAUUAUUUCAUCCAUCGCCGGUAAACACUUGAAGCCAGUGGUUAUGGAGCUUGGGGGUAAGGCUAGCUCUAUUGUAUUCAAGGAUGCAGAUCUGACCAAGGCUGCCGAAAACUGUGCAAGAGGUGCCUUUUUUAACGCUGGCCAAGUUUGCAUGGCUACCGAGCGCAUUUUGGUGCACUCCUCCAUCGCCACUGAGUUCCAAAAUGUCCUGGCCAAAACAGUCAACACAAUGUUUGGGUCUCAGGAGGACACUCCGGUUCUCAUCACGUCUGCCGCCGCCAAGAAGAACCGGGCUCUUGUUGAGGAUGCUAUCUCCAAGGGUGCGAAGCCUCUGGACAUGUUCAAGACGGAGCUAGAUGCCAAUACUGUCGAUACCAAGAUGCGUCCUGUUGUGCUUACCAAUAUGUCAACAUCGAUGGACUUGUAUCGCCAGGAGUCGUUCGGACCAAGCGUGUCGUGGUUCACUUUUGACACAGAGGAGGAGGCUAUCAAGCUAGCUAAUGACACUGACUAUGGCCUCUCAGCAUCCAUCUAUACUGAGAACCUGGGAACUGCUUUCCGUGUCGCCGAGGGGCUAGACUCGGGCGCAGUACAUAUCAAUUCUAUGACAGUGCAUGACGAGUUCGCCUUGCCGCAUGGGGGUGUUAAGAAGAGUGGAUUCGGUCGUUUUAACGGGUAUCAAGGCUUGGAUGAGUUUAUGUACUAUAAGGUUGGUCAGGUCGAUCUGGACUAUAGAUUCCCGGACAGUAGCUAUAAUGGACCUAAUAAUACGUUUGACGCAGAACACCAUGAACAUUCUUGGGUGAUCUGA